UGAAGAGGAGAGUAUUUACUAAGUACGAUUUCAGUUUGCAUAGAUUUAGUGAAAUUAUUAGAGUAUUGAAAAUGUCAUCAGUAUUUGGUGAAACGCAAAGAUUCCGGUUAAAUUGAGGUAGUUCGGUAGUUGACAGUUGUAACAACUCGUAUUGUUUAUAUUUUUUGUGGUUUUUUUUUUUUUCAUUAUCUAUUACUUACUCGAGGUAGAUGAUAACACCAUGGGACAAGACAAAUGAUAAGACGCCUGAUUUAGAUAACAACAAAACUAGUAUUAUUGAUCGCAAUCGUAUUAUUCCUAAUUAUUCGUAUCCGAUUUUUAAUUUUGAAUAUUGUAGCUACUCAAUGUAAUUUAACUAUCCAUUAACUCAUUAGUCAUUAACAUUCCACAAUGGAGAACGGUUUUGAUUAUUACAAACCAUGACAUAAACACUCGAGUCAAUAGUGUUAUUUCCUGAAUUUGUAAGAUGGAAAAUAAACAAGUGAUUUUUUUCCCUAAAACGUUAUUGGGGACGAGUGACAUUACUGUUGAACUAUUAGGAUUCAUCAAGCUUAUGAAAAAUGUCAAGUAUUAUUUUGUAGUUCCUAAUUAUAUUAAAAACACCAAUACAGGAUGUAAAGUGAACACAAUAGGCCAUUUUACCAGGACUGAAUGUCGGGUCUGUUUCAAACGUACAGCCACUAACAUUUUGUGCAUAACUGAAAUCAAUGGAAAUUUAAAUGCCAGUUUGUCACCAGGACAACUUGACAAUUUUGUUCUGGUAAUUUAUGAUGCUUCAAGACUGUAUGACUAUGGGACUCUAUUCAAAUAUGAAGGUGAAUCACAGAAAUUUAUUUGUUUCAUAAUGCUGUCAAAAUGGCUAUCCAGUGCAGAAAAUGUUCAGAGACAGUAUCAUCUAUCAGAAGUUGUAAUAUUUCAGAGAUUUAUUAAAUAUUUGUUGAUUGUCCUUAAUGUACUUAUAAGCAGUCUUGAAACAAAGAUUGUACAAUUUACAAUAUUACGAUUGACACUAUUUAAACACAUAUUGAGUGUAAUCAAAAAUUACGUGUGGCUCAUAGACAAUCUCACUCACAAUAAACACAUUUUAUCAAGAGCAAAAUCAAUUAAUUACAUGAUGUCAUGUAUUUGUGAUGCAGUUCUUGGAAUAAUAAUUCUGUAUAUUCUUAAUACUACAUUUACUUCGUCAAAUGAACUAUUUUCCUACAUUUCAAGUAUUUCACACCAUGUGAUUAAAGUGCUACAGGGUACGUUGCAAUGGCUUAUGGGGAGUCCAGCUGGGUUAAAACUCAAUGAUCCUCUUAACAGUUUACUUGGAACAUGUUUUCUUUAUUUAGUCAAUCUCUGGUGGUCAUUUUUAGUAUUAUGUCGACCAUUCUUGGAGUUAACGUUUCAAGUUUAUGUUUUCAUUGGUAUUUUUGGAUUAUCUUACCAAAUAGCAAUCAUAGAAGAUGUAUUGGCAAUAGUCAGUUUUCAUGUUUAUUGCAUUUAUGUAUAUGCAGCAUGGCUAUAUAAUUUACAACGUAAGAGUCUCAUGAUAUUGGCAAAACUUUUUGUGGGAAGAAGUUGUAAUCCACAGCCAGGAAGGACUACACCAUAUACUACACAACAAUUAUAUGUUGGAACCAUAUCAUUUGCAAUAUUGUUGUUUCUAUUACCAACAACUUUGAUCUACUACAUUGUAUUCGUAGUUAUGCGAACAAUAAUGGUUAUGGCUAAAGGGAUAUUAAUAAGGUUAAGGUAUGUGCUGCAAGUUCUUCCCGUGUACACGACGUUGAUAUGGUUUGUUAAGCCGAGCAGUUCUGCAGGUAUAAUAAAAAUGAACAUAGUCAACAAUGAAAACUCGAGUACAGUGGUUUUGAACACUACAAUAGUUGCAGAUUCAUGGUGGGCAACAGUGAAACAUUAUCUCCCAGAGUUGGUUGAACAGCCACCUUCAGUAUCUUGGACAACAUUGACAAAACGUGUUUGCACGGGUAAAAUAUUGUAUCCAAUUUAAUUGAGUAGAUACAAAUAUAAGCAACUUAGAACAUUCAAAUUAAACGGGGAUCCAUCACUAAAUUGAAAUCGUUAAAAAUCAAUUACUUGGUUGUACAUUUAUUUAUUUAUUUAUUUACUUAUACAUGCUAUACUUAUGUAUGCUAUAGUGAGUUAUUGAUGGUGUUCAGAUGAUCAAAUUUUUUUUUUUUUACAUUUACUAUUCUAGUACGUAAAAAUCUCAUUUGGUUUGAAAAAUAA